AGCGAGGACGAGCGGCAUCAGUGGCUGUGAGUGUGUGUGCGCUGCUGGCGGCUACGGUGACACUUGUCUGCCAGCUGCGGUUCCGGACGGCCUUGGGCCGCUCCCGCUCCCCGAUGCGAACGACACGGAGGUUCGCUGCGUGCACGGUGGCAGCAUCAGCUCCGUGGAAUAUACUGAUCCCGGUGUGCGUGGUCUGUGCUUCGUCAACGUGACCUUCACCGCCGCGAUUGUGCUGGACCUGUGGAGCUUUGACGCACCACAACAUACACUCAACAUCACGUUACUGCAGUGCGUCCUCGUGGGCCUGUCGAUCAAGGGGAGUAUUGCGCGCGUGCACGUGAACGUGACAUCCUCGAUGAUGGAUUCUGGUGAGUUGGAGUUCAGGGGUGAUUUUGGCGCGAGCUCCCAGAUACUGGUGGUGGGCAGUACGCUUGUGUCGACGUUGAGCUACGCUAUUGCCUUUCCGGAAUUCUCCCUCGGUGCGAAGUCGACGCUGCUGCUAAUUGACAACCACAUUGAGGGGAAUAAUUACGCAGUCUAUAUAUCCGAAACUAUUGUUGUUGAUGGUGGCGGGAUCAUUGUGAAGGGAAAUACGCUGUUAUCAACGGCGGUUGAGGACGAAGUGCAUACAGCGGUUUUUGUUGAAACUGUUGAUGUGAUGAAGGGCGGCUACAUUGACGUGGAGAACAACACGAUGAGCGCGGCUAAUGGCAUUUUUUUUUUUUGGGAUACAAAGUUGGCCUCCGCGGGACUGCUGCGAGUGGUGGACUGCACCUUCUUUGGCAGCACGAGGGUUUCCAAUUCCGUGCUGUUGUAUUUGUCUGGCUCUGUGACCCUCCAGGGUGGUGCGCAGUGGCGUGUGAAGGGCAACAGCGUGAGUGCAGCCUCAAUAAUAACUGUGGAAGAUACCUCGCAAAAAAUUCGGCUGUCGGGCAGCGGCACCACCGUGGUGCUUGCACACAACCGUCAGGUGGGCUCCAGAUUGCCUCUUUUCAAUAUUUUUUUAGCGAGCAUUGUCGUGGCUUCACCCGCGCGUUUUGUGGUUGGGUGCAACCUGCAGGGCGACGAGGAGGUGUCGUACGACGGCGCGUUUCCGGUGGAAGUGGUGGUGUUCAGGUGUGGCACAUGCAACGACGACGCGGCGUGCUACAUGCCCGGGACGGAGUUGGUGGAUCGCAGCUCGUGCUCGUGCAGCUGCAAGGAGGGAUGGCAUGGCGCGUCGUGUCUUCCCCUCGAGUUGCCCAACCCUGUUGUGCCGCCCGUAGCGGAGAGAGUCGUUGACGGUGACACGAGCUGCGUGGUGAACCAGACGCUGACGAAAAUCACGCUGAACAUGUGGAAGACGCACCACUGCUACGUGGGUGUGGCAUUCAGCGGCGUGGAUGCUGCGCUGACGUUUUUUCUCAACAGUAUGCCGCUGCAUCUCGCCAUCAACAUCACGCUCACUGGAUGCACAUUUCGUGAGGGUGCCGUGCUGCAGUUUGUUGGGGGUGCUGAGGUGGCCGAGUCAGCCGGCGUCCUUAUCCGCGUGAGCCAGACGGUGAUGCGGUCCUCCGUUGUUGUGUUUGCGCUUGCCCUCCCGCAACACUGCGAUAUCGCCGUCACGGAGGUUGACGCGCUGCAGACCUUCGAGUUCGAAUUACCGGGCACUAUGAGCAAGACGCUGAGCGUAUUGUUGCUGCACGACGUUGUGUUGACUGCAUCCUCGUUGUUGGUCGGCAACGUCAAGGCGCAUGCGUUGAGGUACGGUGAGUUUGGUUUGUACUCUUUCGGGACGCUGACACUGGUGGGUGGCAGCUCGCUGUAUGCGCGUUACUGCAGUCUUGAUGGGUACGAACACCUGUUUUACGUGUACAGGCUCAGUGUGAGUGACCGCUCCGUUUUUGCGCUGCUCAACAAUACAAUGUCCUCUGCGACAAGCCUCCUGUACCAGCACCACAGAUUCAGCGUGUCGGAACAUAGCGUGUUGCGCGUGGUGGGGAACAGCGGUAUCGUGGCCUGCGCCAUCUACGCAGAAGAAUUGUGGACCGUCCAGCGGUCAAGCUGGCUGGAUUGGCGCGACAACGACGUGGGAGUGGGUGCGAUGUUUCACGACACUGGGUCCGCUUUUGUGAGCAUCGACAGCAGCAGUGUGGUGACGCUGACGGGCUGCAGGAUGGGCUCGACUGGGUUGUCGAGGCCUCUGCUAUCGCAGGCUGACGCCGGCUACCGGUUCUUUGCUGGGUGUCUGACGGUUCUUGGACGAGUUUUGACGACGACGGGAGAACUGGAGCUGAGCGGCAUCACCAACGUGACGACGGUUGUCGUGUGCGGGGAGUGCACGAAGGACGGCGACUGCUUCGCUCCGCUGACGACAGCGGUCAUUGACUGCAAGUGUCAGUGCGCUGCUGGAGGGCACGGCGAUGUGUGCGUCCCGGCGCCUGUGCCUGUUGGGCCGCCACCACCGCCACCACCGCCGUCGCCACUGCUACCGCCACCGCCGCCGAUUGGUGAGUGCAUCAGCGACAUGGUGUACCCCGAGGUUGCGCAGUCUGUGGGCAGCGGGCUGUCGUGGCUGUGCUACCGCAACGUGACGUUCAGCGGGGGCGGUAUGAGCCUGACGGUGCUGAUUGGUGCGAUGACGGGCGACGUGGCGAACGUCACGUUCGAUGGAUGCACGUGGAGGGACGGUGCCGUGCUGUUGCUGUUGGGCAACGCGUACGCCGCUGUGGGGUCGCUGAACAUCGUCGUCACCGGCAACACAUUCAGUGACGCGCUGCUAAGCCCGGAGGGUGGGUUUCCACCGCGCACGAACAUCACGAUCAGCGGGAACCGCUUCACGGUCACGAGGCUGAUCCCUCGGUCGGGUUUGGGCCUUAGGAAGCCUUCCUGUGUUGCAAUGAAUGAGCUGGCGAUCAGCAACUACUCUGCGGUGGUGCUCAGUGGCAAUGCGUUUCAGACCAUGACGACAUCGUCAAGCGCCAUUCAAGUUGUCAAGUAUGCGCUGAGGGUGACGUGGCACUCUGUUUUUGCGGUGUUGGGCAACACGUUUCAUAUGGCUGGUGGCGAGGGCACACCGAUACAUCUUGAAGGUUAUGCCGAAUCCUUGUCACUGUUUGUACUGAACAGCUCUGCUGUGGUGGUCCGAGGCAAUCUUGUGUCGAGCCUGGUGCAGUACGUCAUCAUAUUUGUUUGGGUUUUUUGUGUGGAGUCUCGGUCAGCGGUUGUUUUUCGGGACAACGACAUGCAAGGAAGCUCGGCAG